AUGGGAGCUGGCUCCUACGUACGUUACGGCUCACACUCCUCCUACGUUUCAACGGCUCACGUGACUGCUACGUUCACGUAUCUACGAGUCGUAGUACGUACGGUUGGGAACGCUGCUGCCGUGGCCGGCUACGGAAUGGGGAUGGUUGGGGUUUCGAGAAUUGGGCAGAUGUGUAUUCGCCCAUUUCUUCAAGAGCAGGAGCAGGAGCAAAGUGAUGUAAAUGGUUUCAGUUUGAUUGAAUGA